UUUUGUUUUUCUGUCAGUUUUGUGUUGUGCGUAGUUGUGGUUGAGUUUCUGAUGGCUUGAUUAAUUUUGUUAUUAUUUUAUUUUACCAAUUCCAACAAAUAAUUUUGUUCCGAGCUUGACCAGAUAUGGCGCUGUUACCUCCAGACCCUGUUUAUACGAUCAGGAACGUGGACAACGUUCCUGUUUAUUCGUUGGCAUUUAGCUUUUUGCCUGGCGGUCUCGAGAGGUUACUAGCCGGCUCAAAAAACGGCUACGUUUAUGCAUACAACCUUCAGACAAAUCGUGUGCAGCAGAAAAUCCAAGUUGGUCAAGCUCCAAUUCUUCAUCUUAUUCACACAGAUAAUCAUCUCAUCACGCAGGAGAAAGGCGGCAAGUUUAAAGUCUUUAGUUUAACAAACUCUGGCUAUGAGGAAGACGCACUUAUUGACAUUGAUUACCCUGGUUUCUGCCGUUUUGACGCCAACACAAAACUCGAAGCACUUUAUGUACCUGACAAGGAUUCUAAAAUUCAUAUUUACAACUUUUCUGGAGAAAAAGGAGGAUGUUUGGAGCCUGAUGCAUCACUGAAGCUGGGAGAACCAAUGUGCUUGAAGUUCAUCGAAUUUCCUUGCGAUCGGCCUUGCUUGCUGGCUGGAUACGAAGCAGGAUGGCUCCUCCUGUGGGAUCUCAACACUAGUCAAUGUAUCAGCAAGCUGAAGACCAACGAGUGUCCGAUGUCAGUUGAUUUCCACCUUGAACAGCAAAGAGGCAUGAUUGGGAAUGCCUCAAAUGUGAUACAGAUCUUUAGUAUAGGGAGAAAAGACUUAAGCUUGGCUCACAAGUUGGAUAUAACAAUAAAGAACCCAGGUACAAACAAAGUUCAGACCCGGUCAGAUGGAAAGGUGUUUGCUUCUGGAGGUUGGGAUGGCAAUAUUCGAAUUUUCUCCUGGUUCUCUCUCCGACCUCUGGUAGUAUUGACAGAGCAUAAGCAAGCUGUACAAGAUGUUGUUUAUUCUACUGAGAAGGUCUCAUUCUGGAAUGCGAAGAUAAUGGCUGCCGGAGGACUUGAUGGUGCUAUUACACUGUGGGAUUUGUAUAAUGCCAAACAGUAAAGCAUUUAACUUUUUAUAGUAGAUUAUAGAAUAUUACCAAGCUCAGAUCGUGGUAACGCCGAAAACAUGUAUACUUACGAAAGCAUUCUAGUCAAACUUAGAAUGUAUGGCCACAGUACUUUUCACUAGUUUCGGGUGUUUACUGCAUCUGACCUGUUAGUGUUUCUGGUUUCACAUGAGUACAGUAUCGUAAACUAGGCGUAAUGUAGUCCAUUGUGUACUCGGUUUAAAUCAACUUGCUUACUUAGUUACUAAAGUAAGGCUAAGGUUCUACUCUAGUGCACCAGGAUGCGACAGGUUAGCUUGAGCGCGGUGAUAUAUUUUCCCAGUUGACAAUUUGCUUAAGUUUGAUUCCAUAGUCUUCUAAAAAGGAGUACUUACAAAGUAAUGCCAGUAUUGCCUUUAAUUGUUAUGACGCAUGUAAUGUGUAUCAUCCGAAUGUGCUUUAAUUAUUUGAAGAUAUAAUUUAACAGAAUGCAAUAAUGUAUAAUAAUGUAAUGUUGAAAUGAUUGGAUCUCAAGAAUGUACAAAUUCCUGAAUAUGAAGGUACAGUCCACCAUGUGUGGCCUCGCUAUUAGUUGUAAGAACAUGUUGUUUAAUGAAUAGCAAUCAAUAUUUUCCAUGAUUGGUUUUUAGCGAUGAUUUUUAAGUCGAGACAUUAAAAGCCUAUAAUUUUUC